UUUCAUUUGCAUUUCUUACGGGUACGCCGAGAAUAUUUCUUGGUGUAUUGACCGAUGCUUGAGUGAACGCACAACAAGUGCUAUGACUUUUUUUUUGCGCGUGCUUCGAAAGCAAGGAAGCGGUGUGUACCUCGCCUCGGAUCGGAUUUUCCUCUUUCUGCCGGACUGGAGUACUGAAAUCAACGGUGGGCUUAAAAUUUUCCGGAUUUUCCCUUGUCUUGCGGAGACAGACAGACAGACAUUCCACGCAUCCUGACUCCUGAGCAGCAAACGGCGGCGGCGGAUGGAGCAGGGCGACGACUGGUUCGCCCCGGACAAGCUGCAGCACGUCCUCGCCUGCCUCCUCAUCGCGCUGGCCGCCGCGGGGCUCGCCGGCAGGAGCUCCCGGCCUUUCCUCCGUCGCCACGCGCUGGCCCUCGGCUGCGCCGCCUCCCUCGCCGUCGGCGCCGCCAAGGAGGCUGUCGACGAGGCUGGUCUCUUCGGGUCCUCCGGCGCCUCGCUCAGGGACGCCGCCGCCGACCUCCUGGGCGUUUCCCUCGCCGCAUCCCUCGUAGCCCUCGCCGGCCGCCUCCGCCGACGGCGCCGCGAGAAGAAGGCGCGAGACGCCGACGCCACGGACGGCGACAUGGUCUGAGAAGAUUACCUAGCUUCGUUGGAAAAUUG